UCCAUUUAUUGGUUGGCUAAAUGGCUUCUAAAAUCUAUUCGCUUCCUUUCCAUGAAUUAGAAGAUGGUCGCCCCGUUAUCAUUUUUGGGUCAAUUGGAAACAACCUCUCUACAAUUGUAGGGGUAAGGUUGCGUACGUCCGACCCCCUUACCCCGCUUCUUACGGGAGCCUCUUUGAGACAAUGGGGUAAUGAUAAUGAUCAGCAUCUUAAUUUUAUUCUUACGGUAGAUUUUCAAUGUUAAUCUGUUAAGUCUUGAUGAUAGGAAAUUAAAGAUUACAUGAACAUCCAACUGAUUUACUAAAUAAUUAUGUCUAAAUAUUGUUCAACAUUAUUAGCAAUCUUUAGCAUUAAGUUUUUUGUUGUUGUUUUACAUUUAAAAUAAAAUAAAACACCGAUUGUCUAUUCCUUUUCUUGCCUAUUCCCUCCGUUCCUUAUCCUAUUGUCUAUUUUUGGUAUCGGUCUCAACCAUUUAAUUGUGUUCUGUUACCCUAAAACACCGAUUUAUUCCAUUAGUCACCUGUUACCAGCUAAUCCCACCCUAAAACCCUCUCUGUCUUACCCUCACAACCAAGCUUCCCUUUCUCUUUCCUCCUCUCCCAUGGUAGGUCCCGACUUUCUCUCUCCUCCCAUCCCUCUUUCCAUCUACGGUAUCUCCCCUCUCUUCCUCGCCGGAAUUUCUCUCUACUAUUUUCAUUCUUUUUCGCCGCCGCCGCUCUAUCUCUUUCCCCUCCUCAUCGUUCUUCCUCCUUCUCCGGCCUCCCUUCCCUAGAUCUUGAGGCCUCCCCAAGUGGCGGCUGUGGUGGUUGGUUUUUGAGUCGAAGCGGUGGUCGAUAGACAAGGGAUGGUCGAUUUUCGGGUGGAAGUGGUGGUCGGUUAAAAAGGGGUGGUUGUUUUGAAUUGGUGGGUGAAAGUGGUGGUCAUCGGUUAAAAAGGGGUGGUUGUUUUGAAUUGGUGGGUGGAAGUGGUGGUCGGUUAAAAUUAAAAAAGGGGUGGUUGUUUUGAAUUGGUGGGUGGCUGGUGGAUAAAGGCCGGAAAUCAAGCCGCUCCCCCAAAUGUCAGCCUUAGAAAUUGUUAUGGGUGCAUCCCUAGUUGUAAUCCUAGCAAGUACGGUAAUACAAGCGUCGUAUGUAACACCGCUAACAAUGUUGACUGCCCCGAACAUCAGCAGGGAAGGGUGCCAACCCAAAUGUGGCAACUUAACCAUUCCCUAUCCUUUUGGGAUAGGAGGGGUAGAAGGGUUCGCUGGUUGCUUUAUAAGCUCGAUGUUUCAAAUCGAUUGCAAUUCUUCUUAUGAUCCACCAAGAGCGAUUAUUUCUAGUAUCAAGGAUCACAACAAUAACAGCAUAGAAAUAGUUGACAUAUCCGAAACACAAAUCCGUAUCAAGAACCAAGUAGCCUACAAUUGUUUCAACUCAACUACGAAAACAUCUCCACUUGGCUCCAAUGUCCAGUCCAUUAACUUCGAUCACACUACAGAAGAGAUUCCCUUCGCUUUGUCGAACAAGUCAAACACGUUGAUCGUCGUGGGGUGCGACGACAAUGCUGGAGCAUCAGGCGAUCUUGCUGCUCUCUCCAGCACCAGUAUUUCUAGUAGUUGCAGGUCUCAUGCCAAGGAUGUCGUUGCAGGUAAAUGCCAUGGCAUCGGUUGCAAUCAAAACGAUGUUACCGUAAGAAAGAUGUCAUAUACGUUGAGUUUAGGCUCGACAAAAAACCAUACUUCUAGUCUCUCCUAUAACCCUUGUGGGUACGCUUUUCUGGGUAAUACACAACAGUUUAAGUUUCGUGGGGUUUCAGAUCUGAAUGACCCCAAUUUUCUAACCAGGAUAACUAAUGACCUCCCAAUUGUUCUAGAUUGGGUCAUAAAUGGUUCUAUGUGUUAUGAAGCUCAAAAAGAUCGUGAUUCCUAUAAAUGUAAACAUAAUACAACUUGUGUAGAAGUCAUUGGGACUGGUAUAGGAGGAUAUCGUUGUACUUGUCUUCCUGGUUAUCAAGGCAAUCCUUAUCUUGAUCCAGGUUGCUAUGAUAUAAAUGAGUGUGAGGAUCCAAAUAAUAAUCCAUGCUCUAAAAUUUGCAUCAAUACUCCAGGAGACUACAAUUGUUCUUGUCCGUUCGGAUACUACGGUGAUGGUAAAAAAAAUGGUACCGGUUGCCUGCUACGACUUCCAGAAGUUCCAGUUUUCAAGAUUGCCUUAGGUGCUACAUUUGUAGUGCUCAUUUGUGGAUGUUGGAUGUGCAUGGCAAUUAGGAAAAGAAGGAUAAUUAAAAAGAGAGAAAUUUUCUUUCAAAAAAACGGAGGUUUGCUGUUGAAGCAACUAAUCUCUUCAAAUAAACAAGAUGACAAUGAGCCAUUAAAGGUAUUUAGUCUGCGUGAGUUGAAAGUAGCCACCAAGAACUUUGUGGAAGAAACCAUCAUUGGACGAGGAGGUUAUGGCACGGUAUACAAGGGCGUUUUACGAAACCAUCAAUUAGUAGCAGUUAAGAAAUCAAAGAUUAUAGACGAAACUCAAAUUGAGCAAUUCAUAAAUGAAUUGGUAAUUCUUGCACGAAUAAGACAUCCAAAUGUGGUAAGACUUUUGGGAUGUUGUUUAGAGGCUGAAGUCCCUUUACUAGUCUAUGACUUCAUCUCUAAUGGUACACUCUAUGAGCAUAUUCAUCGUCCCGAAAAGCCUUCUUGGUAUACAUGGACCAACUGUUUAAGAAUAGCUAGAGAGUUGGCCGAUGUGUUAGAACACUUACAUUCGAUACACAUAAUUCACCGAGAUAUCAAAUCAAUGAAUAUUUUACUCGAUGAAAGCUACACGAUUAAAUUAUCCGAUUUUGGUGCUUCAAGGUUGAAUCCAAUGAAUCACACACAUCUAUCGACAGUAGUACAAGGUACGUUUGGGUAUCUUGAUCCACAGUACUUUUAUUCGAGCCAGUUAACAGAGAAAAGUGAUGUUUAUAGUUAUGGCGUAGUUCUAAUUGAACUCUUAACAAGGGCAAGUCCAACUUUACCAGAAAGGCCAACUGAAGAAAGGAAUUGCAAUUUGGCAGCGUAUUUUGUAAAGUGUAUGGAAGAAAAUAAUAUAUUUAACAUUUGGGACUCGUCUUUGGUUGUAGAAGCAUCCCAAGAGCAGCUCGUUUCGAUUGCAAAGCUUUUACAAAAAUGUUUAAGUGCAAAGGGUGAAGAUAGACCGACAAUGAAACAAAUUGCAAUGGAGCUAGAGGAAUUAUUAUGAGAUUAAAUCACUAAGUCCUUCGAGUACGUGAGUUCCAUUAACGUCACAUUUUUUUGUUUAUUGAGAUCCAUGAAUGUCACGUACAUUGUUAUUAGUGAUUCGAGAAAAUGUAUAACACUUCACAACAACUGUUAUUUUUGUGUAACAUUUGCGAAUUACUACUAGCUACAAAGUACUACGUAUAUAUUAUCUUACAAUAUUAAUGUUA